UGGUGUAUGUCUGUGUUUAUCCCAAAAUCACGCUUCAAAUAAUUCAGCAAGGUAGACAGUUGACUAAAGUCAUAGCAAGACAUCACAGAUAUAUUUCACUUUGACUCCAAAAGCAUAUUCUGGUCAUUCCACAGCAAUGUUCUGUGCUUCAUCAUGUGUCUGCGGCGCUGUGGUUUUUCAAUGCAAUGACAAGGAGAUGUGUGACCAUGCCACUGAUUUAUUUACCUGGGACAAAACAGACAAAUCACAUCACAGGCCUAUACUGUUACACUGACACUUUUCCAUAUUCACUCCACUUCUCAAAAUAGUGGCUGUAUGACUCUGUCAAUUGAUGUGACUCUCAAAGAUUGUAAAUGGUAAAUUGAGCGCCACUGGUGUUGCGUCAUUAGGCGUACUGUCUGUGCAUUUCCCUUCGUCUUGUUGUCGUCAGGACAAUAAUCAGGGCCCAAUAACAUCAAAGGCCAUUCGAGUACUGGAAAGGGAAUCAUCAUAAAAUGUUAUUGACAGCCAGAAUUGGCAAGUUUAUGUCAUCAUAAUGUUAGAAACACCUGUUUCACCCCACAGAUUAUUUUAACCCAUUAAUGCUGGAUGUCACGUUGUGCAACAUUGACCUUUGGUGCCCGGAGCUGCAUGACGCAGCAUUCAGGCUCAUGAGAUUUAAUAUAUUUUUAUUAAAAUGUUGGUAUGUUAGAGCUGAAUGAACAGAUUCUAAUGCAAGAUGAGGGUCUUAGCGUUUAAAUGAAACGUAUAUAUUUCAUGUUUUUAUGUGCUUCAUAGACAUUUAGGUUUUUAAAGGGCUUAGGCAUUAAGCAGGUAUUUUUUGCAGGUGCUUUAGGCAUUAAUGGGUUAAAUCAUAGCAUACCUACUUCAUGGGUGCAUCCCAAUAUGUGUCCUUGCCUCCUCCACUUGUGCUUGUCUCCUCGUCCCGCCUCCUGGCCCCUCCUCCGUGGAGAAAACGAUAAAGUUUCCCAGCUGUCAGCCUCGCCACAACAACUUUUGAGGGACUGUUUUUCAUUCACCAUCCCAAUUGCAAAUGAGGAAAAGACUUUACAAUUGAGCUUUUGCAAGAUAUUGAAAUAUAAUGCUGUUGUCAGUGAUGUCAUCAUGACGAGAAGCAAGUGGAGGAGGCAAGUGGAGGAGGCAAGGUCACAUAUUGGGAUGCACACCAUGACACGGCAAAACCAUUGGAAAAGCCGUUCUGUGGUUUGAUAGGCCUAAUGGUGUUUUCAUGGCAGAAAGUUCAAAUGUGGGCUACAGCGACCAUUUUGUAUUAAGGUGUCCGCAUUCAUCUAUGGGCCAUUCUUAAAACUCAUCUUCGGAUAUUCUCUGCAAUAGGCGAGAAACAAUGCCGCAUUGUGUUUGUGCACAGUCUUAUCAUGUUUUCCCUAUUCAGCUUUUUUGUUGCCGAAAAACUCCCCUAAUAUCGUAGGCAUUCAAGCUAUUCCCUUUCCCCCUUUAAAACAUUUUUGUUUAAAUGAAGUUGAUUUUUUUUCUUGGUUUUUUUAUCUUUUGGCUGUGUUUUAUUUGUAGGCCUGGGUCUGGCUUUGGAGAGGCAAUCCACCUGCACUGUAGCCUACAGAAAACAAUAUGCAGUAGUGAGACAAACUUGGACCUUCAGUUCAGCUGCAGCUAUAAUAUAAUCUAGGCUUACUGGUGUUGUAAUUACAUCCAUAACAGUAGCCAGUGUUCAUAUUUCCUUCUAACAGAAUUUUGAGAGGCCCGUAGAGGUUCCCAAAGGAGUCACUGAUUUUUUUAAAUUUAUUUUUUUAUGUGAAAAUGAUUAGGCCUACAAUGACUAAAAUCAACUUGUAAACAACCUUGGCAGUGCAGCCUGCUUUAGGGCUACUUAAUUCAGUAUGGAAAUGUCUAGACCAGAUGAUGUUGCUUUGUUGCCAUUCAUUCUGAGGUGUGUCCUCUGAUUUGCAACUUGUAGAGCUCUAGGCCUGAAAUCAAUCCUAUGGUCACACAACAUUGAGGUUGAGAUCAGGAAACAAUUACUAGGCCCUAGUUAACAACAACAAAGUUGUUUGGCUGAAUCAUAAUUAUGCGCAUGGUCAGAAAUAUGUAAAUGUGAAAAGUAGGUUGCCUAGGGGGCGCGCGCAGCAGAUAGGAGUUUAUUUCAAACAUUUGCGUUGCCACCGACGGCCGCAUCUCCUGGCCUCCGUAGGCAGGAAAGCAUGAGUCCGUCGAACUGGCAUCCCUGAAAACGCUGGCGUUGAUUGGGCAAUACAAAUGUCUAGUCAUUCGGUGAGUCCCCAGUGCUCUCACUGACACUCGCACUACAGUUCAAUGGAGGAACGGCCCAACGAAGGGGCACUCGGGAGAUAUUCUAAUCAUGGAAAAGCGGAAAGCAACACUGAUCGAUUGAACAAAUUGGUGAAUAAUGAUCAGUGCCACUGCCAGCACCAGGACGAGGAAACGUCGACGAAGAAAACUGGUUAUGGAAAAGUAAACGGCAACACUGGGGAGGGAGAGGAGAUUUCCACUGCCUUGAAUCCAAACAGCAUCACACAUCCUACACGCGACAGUGGCCAUGAGGACAACAGACGACCCCUAGAACACCCCCUCAAACCCAGAACUCCUUCUUCAAAGACCCAGGCUGCUUACCCAGGGGCGGCGGAACGUAGUAAAGCUGCAGAGAGCGGUAGCAGCAGCAGCAGUAACAGUGUUGACCCCUUAAUAAGCAACAUGGACUGCCCUAAUGACCGCCCACCUGACCUUAAGACCCUGGAGGGAAAGAAGGAGGCUCUAGUGUCCCUCAAUGGCCUGGUGGUGACCCCCAGCAGCAGUUGCGGUUCCAGUCCCCUAACCAACGGCUAUCCGGGGAAACCCGGGGGUUCCUUGACGGACAACGACGGUAGCGGCUCCGAGAACGGCUACACCACGCCCAAGAAGCGUCGCAGUGUUCAGCGUGGUGCUGCCAAAGCGGCUGCUGCCGGCGGGGACGUUGUGAUCGUGCAGUCGACAGCAGCGGCAAAGGCCAUGCAUCCGACGGCGACCGCAGGCAAACAGCAGCGGCCCGACUCGCCGUUUUCCACCGAGUCGGCCGACAAGAGCCCAGCUUUCGUGCCGCACGGUAACGGCCGGACUCCUCGCGAACUGCCUGCCGCUUCUGCCGCUACCCCCUCUGCCUCUCCCGCCCUGCCCCCUGCCGAGUUUCCCCAGAAGAACUCUGAAGGCAAGGUGGCGACCGGGGCAGGGGCUGCGUUGGGGGCCGCGGCGGGCAAAAAGCCGGACGAGCGGCCCGUCAAAGCCAAGGCGGUGACUGCUGCCGCCUCCGCCGCGGCCAAAGACGACUCGUGGACGCUGUUCAAGCCUCCGCCCGUCUUCCCCGUGGACAAUAGCAGCGCUAAGAUAGUGCCUAAGAUCAGUUAUGCAAGCAAAGUGAAGGAGAACCUCAACAGGGUCAACGCGGCAGUGGCGGCUGCCCAGGCCUCUUCUUCGUUGUCACCGGCGGCGGUAUCGGCUACUGCUGCAGCCGAAAGGGACCUUCUCCUUCCGCCGACCCAGACCCCACCGCCACCCAUGCCGCCAGGCAAACUGUCCCAGGUGCCCAUGUCUGCCGUCAAGACCAUCACCUCUGCCAGCUUUACCAACGGACCCCUUCCCCCGGCCGAGGGUAGCAGCAGCAGCAACAAUGGCUGCCCUCUGCCCGGUGCUCCCUUUAAUACCUCUCCUCCUUCUACUGCCCCUGCUCCCUUGGCUGCUGCUGCUGCUGGUGGCAUGGCGUCCGGCGCGCUGGUCUCCCCCGUCCAGGGAGGCGAGAAUGUAGCAUCCCCCUCGUCCUCGUCCUCGGCCACCAGCCCAUGUGCAGGUGGCGGUGGUGGUGUCGUCGCGCCCCCCGUGGUGCCAGAGCCACGGAAGCCCAGCUUGUUUGUGUACCCGCAUGCCGCCGGACCCCCGUCUAAUAUGCAACUUUCGCUGCCUAGCGGCCGCCAAGCUGACCCCCCUGGCCCCCCUUCCUCUUCCUCCACCUCGUCCUCCUCUGUAGCGUCUGGGGGACCCGCGUCCUCCUCCUCCUCCUCCUCCAACCCCGGCCAGCCAGCUCACCAGAAGUCACUGGGGGACAUCUUUCAGAACCAGUGGGGGCUGUCUUUCAUCAACGAGCCCAGCGCCGGCCCUGUGGGUGGUGGUGGUGGUGGUGGUGGUGGUAGUAGUGUAGGGGCGGGGGCUGCUGCCAGCCGGACAGAGGGCAGGGGCAAGCCCACGGUAGUGACCUUCCAGGGCGGCUUCCCCCCCUCCUCCGCACCCCUGCCCCCGCCACAGGGCUCCACCACUUCUGCUCAGAGACAGGAGCACCACCACCACACCCAUGCUCCCCACCACCACCACCACCCACCUUUCCCCAAGUCCCACGAGCUGGACAAGCGGACUAGCCCCCUGUCCUCCGGCCGGGUGGGGCCCCUCCGCUCCUCUCCGGGCCCCCUGGCUGCGGCGGCUGCUCCUCAGGAGGGAGGAGGCUUGCUGCACACCACCCCGUCCCUCCCCUCCGGGGCGCCGAAAGAGCCCGAGCCCAGGAACCUCAGUGCAAUAGUGUUCAGCUCCUCCUCCUCCUCUGCUAAGGACCAGGGGGGAGACCUGCCCCAGGCCUCCCCGACAAACACUGCCCCUGUGCUGGCCUUGGCCAGAGAGCAGGGCUAUACCAAGGGCUUUGAGAGGUCUAGCUGGGGGAUGUUUGAUUUAAAAGCUGCUGUAAUUUAUCACACUAAAGAAAUGGAAUAUAUUCUGAAUAUACAAAAGCAAGAUCCAAAAAGAGUCGUCCUCUACAGGGACACUAAGGACGGACCUAACCAGUGAAGUGACAACCUGGAUUAAAACACUACAACGUCUUUAGCUGGGACACUGCUGCUGCCGCUUGCUGGCAGACAUGAAACAAAAAAAGCAAACACAAAAACACAUUAUCAACAAACAACAACAACAAAGAGGAGUAUAUGCUGUAUGGGACAUGGAUAAUACUCUCUAGCGAAAAAGAAACAAAACAAAAAAAAGAGAAAACAUUGUUGACUUUGAAGCUGAAUCUUUGGAGUGCGAUGCGGUGGAGAAGCUGUGUGGAAAAGCUUCUCUGUAUUACAGAGAUGGGUGGUUAGUCGGCAAUAGUUAAGUGUGUGUGUUGGAAGGGGGACAGGACAGGUGUCUGUGUGUGUGUGUGUAUGCUUGUGUGUAUGGUGCGUUGGGGAGAGUGAGGGGGUGUUUGGAGGCAGCCGGAAGAAACCUGCGAGACAAUCGAUUGGUGGAGUGGAGACGAGUGGCAACCUGUAGGGCUCAGGCUGUCCACCACUCCUCCUCCUCUUCCCCCCUCAACAGAAGCUUGAUGGACCUGGAUAUUAGAGAAAAAAAAUGCUGUGGAGAAGCAGUCAAAUAUGACUGUGGAUGGUGUGUGUGUGUGUCCUUAAUUUCAGAAAACAACAACAACAAAAAGGCUAUGGACAAACCCCUUAAUCCACACACACAUGCACAUAAACACUUUCUGAACAACGAUGACGACAAAGAAAUACCGUUAUGGUUAAGGCAUUGUGCUGAAGCCACUAAAGUUACAACACAGAACUGUGGGGGAGAUGCGACGGACUCCUUUCGCUUCUUCCUCUUCCUGAGAGAGGGAGGAGGAGCUGCAGUCCUUCUUUAGAUGCCUCUAUUUUUUUCUUUUCUUUUCCUGUGCGAAUUCAGCGUGUUUGAGAAGACUCCUGAACUGUUUUAUGGUGUUGUUCUGGCAUUCGUGGAGACGGGUGGAACUGACUGGAAGGAGUGUCUCCGUUUGACUGCCCUCGUGACUUGAAACGGGAGGGAUCGAGAGAAAACACUGACAACGCAAGAGGGAAUUGGUGUCCUGCUCAAGAUUUUUAGGUUAAUCUCUGAGAAAGAAAAUAAAACGGGACACUGUUUAGAUGUCUUGGGAGACAACAAAUUAUUCAAUGCCUUGUGGGCGCAGUUAAUUGUCUUAAUGUCAGUUUUUGACUAAGAUGGGGGUCCUUCGUUUUGUUGGUAAACACUUAACUAAAGUUUCUUUUUGUUUUUGUCUUUUUUAUGUUUUGUUUUUGUUCGCUUGCCUGUUCUUUCUGUUUUUCACGGACAAGGAGAACGCUUCUAUGGAUAUCCAGAAAAGCAAAGACAGAUUGUCCAAUUGAGAGACAGAAGUCCAAUUUGGACCCCCAUCCCCCUACCCAGGUCUUGCUUUUCUCGGGCAAAACUAGUGUGACAAGAUAGUCAUUCUUCCAUUGGAAAGCUCUCAAAGUGCUAUUGUUUCACCUGUCUUAUCAGUGGCUCUCAGAUACAACCUGACGGACGUUCCCACCGCAAAAUAUGUGGCUGUGGUAAAUUUGGCAGAGCCUACUACUCUUUUCUUUUUCUGUUUAUGUUUCUGAUUUUCUGUUUCAGUUUUUUUUUUCUUCCUCACCUACGCAGGAUUCUUGACGUAACAUUUUUUUUUGUUAGGAAUAAUGGACUGUUUGCUCCACUCUGAAACCAGAAUCAAUUCAAUGCUGUGUCAUAUGUCCAUAAUUUGUUUACCCAGAUGCUCAGAAGGUUUUUAGUUUUGUUUAUACUCUAGUUGUUAGGAUUUGUCUUGUUUUUUUUUUGUUUUGUUUUUUUUUUUGUCCCUCGUUACACGCAGACUUGACCGAUUCUUCUUUUCGUUGAUCUGUUUUUUCCUUCUCUGCUGCUUCGUCUCAUGUUGCUUCAAUUUGUUUUUAUUUUUCUCCAAGUAAUUUUGCACAGAGAGAGUGGCGGUAGCAACAGCAACUACUGUUGAGUUUUAAGGGGAGGGGGCAGAGCAUCAAUGCUUCAGGAUGUAGGUUACUAUUCCACACGCCAGAAGCCAGUCGACCCGGGUCAAGAGUAUAUGUAGUGUGUAUUUGUGAAGAGGGAUAUUUGUUUGGAAGCCUUUAGGGUCCUGUGGACAGCCUGUCAUUAAGAAGUUUUAUGACGGUAAACAGGGCUUUGUUUUUUCUCGCCCAUUUUAUUUUUUAUUAAAAGGCUGGUUUGUCCUAGGUUGACUGCUACUUCCCCCCUUCCUCUGCUGUCCUUGUGGGAUAGGUUAAUAUUCAAAGGUCUUCCCUCUUGGAAAAAAAGAGAAACAGUGUGUUUCACUGUUUUUUAUUUAGUAAUAUCAAAUAAUGAAUACUAAAAAUGUACUUUUUUCUAUCUCUUUCUCUCCCUCCCUUUCCCAUUAAAUUAAUUGAGUAUAAAAAAUUAUUAGCACUUUAUCUAAUCUUUUAACUUCAAUUGCCGUUUUUUUUUUUUCUUCUUUUAAAUAGACAUAUCACUACGUGAUGGAAAGAUUUCUAGAGAAUAAAUAAAUAUAACUAACUAAACAGUAGCCUCUGGCUGUCUGUGCUUUAAAGCAUAUAAACGUUUAAAAAAAGAAAAAGUCACUCAGGUAGGCUUAAGACUCUAUUGUAAGUUAACUUAAAAGACUUUACCACCAGUGUUAUUGCCCAAAAACUGAAAACAAGAUUGACAGAGUCUCUCCUUUUACUGUGUCUUCUUCCUCCUUGUCUUCUGUAUUCGCUCGAGGCCAAGCCCUUCACGUCAUAUUGUUUUGGAACACGAGAGGUUUCUCUUUUAGUUUAAUUUCGCUCUCUUUCUACAAAUUGUACAUUACUGUGUUAGGGGGAGUGGUAAAUGAACUUUCUUCUUUCAGGCGUUUUUUUUUUUUUUUUUCAUUGUGUUUUGACGUUUGUGUGUCAGUACUGUCUGUUAAAAAAAAAAAAAAAAAAAAUCCAGGGUGAACUGAAGCCUGAUUGAAUUCGUACUAUUACCUACUAGUACUAUUUGUACUUCUAUUUUAGCUGAUUAAUGCUGAUUUUAAAGAAAUGGCCUCUCACCAACACUGUGUUGACUUUUUCACUUUUUCACCCUCUCCCCCCAUCCCCCCCUCCCAGCCUCCUGUGACCCCCCCCCCUGCCCUAUGUGGACAUGCGCAGGUGCUGGUCGGGGUCAGACCACACGUGUAUUCCACAUUUGGCAGGGCUGGUCUUAGACAAGGGUGGGAAAGCCUUACCUCGAGUAUACACUAUCAUAUUUUGAUUUUCUUUUGCUGUAUCCGCAUUACUUUUUAGUGCUGGUUUUCAAGCGUUCGGAUAAGUUUGUCAUUAGUGCCCAUGAUGAGCUUAUGUGAAGCUGUUUGUUUUUAAGUCUGUCAAAGCUUGAGUCACAUCUUAGGAAGGGUGUCCCCUGUCAGAUUUCAGUCAUGUGGAAUGAUCUAGUAGUCUGUUUCAUCUGUUUCCAGGGACUUCAUCUGUAAUUCACUGUUGCUUCUUUUUUUCUUUAUGCGCUGUUGUAGGCAAUCUAAUUUUCAGACAAAGGGAUUUAAACCUGUAUCUUGUGUCACGUUUUUCCCCAUUAGCAAACACUAUUUUAAGUAGCAUGACAUUGCAAUUUUUGUUUUAUUUAAUGCUUCUGUUUUCUUUUUUGUUAUAACUUCAGCUUUUUCCUAAUUUUAAACUGAAAACUAACGUCCAAAGAGCUGUUCCAUGCUGUGUAGAGAAGGCGCUUGUUGAGUUCUUCUCAAUUUUUUUUUUCUUUCUUGAGACCAGUUUGAAAAAAAUAAAUCUGUUUCUUCGCAGGUUUCUGCCAAUGGAACGAAUAGUCUCAUUGGCUGUAGUUUUAAUUUUGUGCAAGAUUCUGUCAGGAAUGGCUGCAUUCUUCUAGACUGAGGCCAGACAAAGUUGUGUUCUGACAAAUACUUUUUUUUUUUCUUCUUUUUUUUUGUUGAUGGGAAAACCAACGCCUAAAAAAAUUGACCUGAAAACAGAAUUAACAGCUGACAGUAUGGACUUGCACCUCGAAAAACAAAAACAAUAAAAAGACAAAAAAAAUCAUCAGACACUGUCGCAGAAGACUAAUUGUGUGCAUACCUGUAUGCAAUGAAAACGAUAACAAAAAAAAGCAAAAUCUCUGCCUGUCCCAUAUGCCCUUUAUAUGUGCGUCACUUUAGAGCUAAAUGAGUGGGGAUGUUCUGGACGUCUGGAGCUCUGUUUCCACAAGGGGGCCUUCCUCUUGCGUACCCAGACAACAGUGACUUGAGGUCCGCGGAGCAGUUUACAAUCAAACGAUUGGUGAAGUUCAAAUACGUGACUCGGGGGAGAUGCGCUACCAUGUGAGAAGCAACCGGGCCAGUAAAGCCAGAAAAGGCCAGAGUCUGUCACAUUGGCAUGUGCCACAGUCAUGUUUUUGAAACUUUGCUCCAAAGUUUGUCGCUUGGGGAUCAUAGACGUGCAAAAAUGAUUUAUAUAUAUUUUUUAGUUGUCCAACUUUUUCCCCAUCUCCCAGGCCAAAAAAAACAAAAGAAGAGCACUUGUUUGAUUAAUAUUAUUUUUUUGAACGCUAAUUUGGAGUUAUCACUGUCUACUUCCAUCCUCAGAACUGUAGAGAUUAGUUUGUUGAGCUGUUGUGACACCCAAGACCUGGGGGCCUAUUCUAAAAAGCUUGUUUAGUUACAGGUUCAACUAAGUAAAGCCAGAGAGAGCUGUAAAUCUGCUAAUAGGAAACACUUCAAAGUUUUUUGUUUCUGUUAAACACAGUUACUUGGCACUCAAUUACUAGAUUUACUACGUUGCUCGAAGUGACUGCACUUGCUCUUUAUGGAAUUGCGCCCCUGAAAGAAGAGAAGGACGCAAUUGGACUCUGAACAAUACUAAAGACAACAAACACUGCAUUGAGUUCCUGAGUCUAAAACAAACCCUCCCACAUGAAUUUCUGUGUCCUGUUUCAGGAUUAAAAAUAAAGACGGUCUUGUUUAUUCUUCUGUUUCGAUGUGACCCAUCAGCUCGACAAGUUAAUAAAGGAGUGUGUUUGCGCGUGUGUAUGUAAAUGUAUGUUUGUCUCUGUGUUAGUGAGGGUGAAUGUCUUCAUUCUUGCUCACAAUGAUAUGCAAAAGUGUAAUGUUUGAAAAUUGUCGAGAAAAAAAAGGACAAAAUUUAAAAAAAAAAGAUUUAAAAAAUAUAUUCAGGGUGCCUGUGCUGAAAAGAAAUUUGAAAAUGGGAGUCACUUGAUAAUCAUCCAAGACAUGUAUGAAAUAACUUUCUUGCAUUUCCCCCCCUCUUAUCUCCCCCCACUCUUAAAUUUUGUGCCAUGUUUUGACUGUUAAAGAAAAACGUUUUAAUUAAAAUCUCAUCUUUUUGUCA